AUGGGGGUAACAGAUUAUUUUAGAAGGGCAAGUGCCAAUUCAAGCGAUAUCAGCAGUGUGAUAGAAAUAAAUGGAUUCCCCGAAGAGAAAAAUGGCCACAAGGUGGAGAUUUCCAAAGAGUUAGAAUCUCUUAGCUCUAAUGAAAAGCUCGAUCAUAUUUUCCAGGACCCUGUAGUCGCAGAAUAUUACCGCCAGCUCUAUGAAAAUACCGAUUAUGAAUGCAAGGACUACUUUGACCCAGAGUUCACAUGGACUAAGGAUGAAGAAAGGAAAACUGUUUGGAAGAAUGAUUGGUAUGUCACAUUCUGGGCAUUUGUAAUGUUCACCUCGUUAGAUAUUGAUAGAGGUAACAUUUCUCAAGCAGUAUCAGAUAAUAUGUUGGGUGAUUUAAAGUUAACUACAAAUGAUUUUAACUUGGGGAAUACUAUCAAUUUAGUUUGUUUCUUGAGUGCGGAGUUGCCUUCACAAUUGAUUUCCAAAUGGAUUGGUCCUGAUAUUUGGAUUCCUUCUCAAAUGAUUUUAUGGAGUAUUGUUUCUAUGUCACAAGCUUCUAUCAAGACAAAAGCAGGGUUCUAUAUAACUAGAGGGUUGGUUGGUGGCUUGCAGGGUGGAUUCAUUCCUGACGUGUGUUUAUGGAUGUCGUAUUUUUACACAUCGAAGGAGCUUCCAUCUAGAUUGUCUUUGUUCUACAUUGCCAAUCCAUUGAGUCAGGUUUGGUCGAGUUUAUUGGCAUUCGCCCUAUUGAAAAUUAAAACAGCUGGUAUUUCUGAAGGUUGGAGAUGGCUUUUUCUUCUUGAAGGUACAGUCACAUUGAUUAUUGGAAUCUUUUCGUUUUUCAAAAUGCCAGCAUCAGUGGUUCAAACGAAGUCUUGGUUUCGGAAGAAAGGUUGGUAUACCGAAAGGGAAGAAAAGUUGAUCGUAAAUAAAGUUCUUCGAGACGACCCCCAGAAGGGUGACAUGCACAAUAGGCAGCCUGUUGGUCCAAUUGAACUAGCUAGAUCAAUUCUUGAUUACGAUUUAUGGCCGAUAUACUUCAUUAGAAUCUUGGGAGAUAUUGGAACUUCCCCAAUUGCAACAUAUAUGACAUUGACAUUAAGAAAAUUGGGAUUUUCAACAUUCAAGACCAAUGCUUUAACUAUUCCGUAUAAUAUUUUAUCGAUCUUCACCAUGCUAAGUACGGGAUAUCUUUCAGAAAUCAUAAACCAAAGAGCUUUGAUCCUAGCUACCACCCCUAUCUGGGUAUUAGCAGGGCUAUUUCCAUUGAGAUAUUGGCCAGGAUCUCAAAAAGAUGUUUGGGGUACCUAUGCAAUUUUGACUGUAUUGUUGGGACAUGCACCAAUUUGGCCAAUAACAAUAUCUUGGUGUUCAGCAAAUUCCAAUUCCGUUAGGUCAAGAGCAGUUUCUGCUGCCAUUGUCAAUAUGUUUUCUCAAUCUGCUGCCAUUUGUGCUGCAAAUAUUUAUCGAAAAGAUGACGCCCCCUUAUAUCAUAGAGGUAAUGUCCAAUUAAUUGGAAUUGCCUUUGGUGCGAUUGCUGCUUGUGUUCUUUCAAAGGUUUACUACAUCUUAAGGAACAAGUACAAGGACAAGAAAUGGAAGUCUAUGACCACAGAACAGCAAGAAGAGUACAUCAGAUCCACUUCUGAUAUUGGGAAUAAACGUUUAGACUUUAGAUUUGUUCAUUAG